AUGGCAGACACAUACGCCAGUGACCCGGAAUGGGCAGAUGUCACACCAAUCCCUCUAAAUGAUGGAUCUGAAUCAGGCGCCAUGCCACUGGCCACUAUUGCCUACCCGGACGAGUACCUCGAAGCGACCUCGUACCUGCGGGCCGUGAUGGCUGCGAACGAGAUGUCUGAGCGGGCAUUGAAGUUGACGGAGAAUGUCAUCUCUAUGAACCCGGCUCACUACACCGUCUGGAUUUACCGCGCCAAGAUCCUCUUUGCACUCGACAAAGACCUCCUGGAAGAGUUGGAGUGGCUGAAUGGCGUUUCGUUGAAAUAUCUCAAAAAUUAUCAGAUCUGGUCCCACCGCCAAAUCCUUAUGGCUUCAGAAACACACUUCCCAACUUUGCCACCAAAGGAAUUGCCCUUCCUCAUGGAAAUGUUUGCUCAAGACUCCAAGAACUAUCAUGUCUGGACGUACCGCCACUGGCUCGUUCGUCGCUUCGGUCUAUGGGACCAUCCGCGAGAACUCGAAGACGUAGACGCGCUACUGAAAGCGGACGUCCGUAACAACUCGGCCUGGAACCAUCGGUACAUGUUGCGCUUUGGACCGCGCGGUGACGAGCCUGAUGCUGGGAUGGUUGGUUCAGUGGCGGGUGCGAAGGCCGGUGUUCAUAAUGUUGUGGAUGAGGAGGUCGUUGAUUCUGAGCUUGAGGUUGCGAAGAAUGCUAUUCUAAAGGCGCCAGAGAACCGGAGUCCAUGGUGGUUUGCGCGAGGUGUGUUGAGAGCUGCGAGUAGGGACUUAGGGGAGUGGGAGGAGUUUGCCGGGUUAUUUGUGACGGGGGUGUGA